AUGAUCCUGCUCAUCGUGUUGCUGAGUCUUGCUGCUCUGCUGCAACAGCCUGCUUCAAGGGUAAAGUGUUGUUGUUUUUUACGUUGUGUAAUGUAGCAAUACUGAGAGAUGUUUAACUCUCCUGUCUCAGUCAGUGGGACAUGAAAAGUUACUAAAGUUAGCUGGGUUGUUUUCAAAUACGAGAUUGGAGCUUCGUCAACCUAAACAUUCUCUUUAAUUAGCCAAAAUGUGCUUCACUGCUUCAUCUGUGAAGACAAUAAAUUUUAAGAAGAUCAUACUUAAUGGAGGAAGUUGAUUUCAAUAACUGUGGAUUUAUCCAGAGUACGUCAGAGAGAAGUUAAUGCCACGGCAUUGCCCAACAGUUUACAACAGCUUACAACUGAGAUUUUGUUUAUGUCAGAUUUCAUUUAUGGCAUGUAUUCACCAUGGCCAUGAUUCUUACAGAAACAGUGCUAAAAUUAUAUUGGUGUAAUAUAUUAUGAAUAAAUGCAAGAGGAAUUUAAUCACUCUCUCAUUUUAGGCACAUGCACUAGGGGUUGGACCAGGUGACCAAAAGCAAAUUCUUGACAAGCACAAUGCCCUGCGGAGAGAAGUGAAGCCAACUGCAAGCAACAUGCUGAAGAUGGUAAGAUAGAAAGAGGUGAAAUUCAUAGUUCCGGGUGCAUUGGCAAGUGCUUUGCAUGUUUACUACACUUUCUUGCAGGCAGAAAACUUGCUCUUGAUCACUUCAAGAAUGAGGCUCACAAGCAGAUUUGCAUUUCACAAGGGAAUGCCAUUUAAACAUCAUUUUUUAAUUUAAAAAGGACAAGCAGACACAUGAUAUUUGCAUAUGCUAAUUCAUAGGUAUAAGUGCAAAUUUAGAACUAAUCAGUAUGAUUUCAACAGAAAUACAAUGCAAAUGGGGAACCAGACUGUAACCAGGCUACCCCUUGUGCCUCCUCAGUUGGCUGGCUGGGGGUUCUUAGCUUGUGAUAUUAGAGUCAGCUUAAGGAAGUCAUGCCAAUUCAUGUUAAGCAAGCAAGGUUCAGCUUAAUGAGUUGCAGUAAUCAUUAGUAAUAAUAGCGCAGGCUCAGAGUCUAUUGAUGCCGCUUCUCACCUCUGCGCUUUGUGUUCCCUUGGACAGAUAUAAUCCACCCCCUUGCUUGCUUUAACUUCCUACAUGUUCUUGUCCAAUCAGGAGGGGGGAAAACCAUGUAUGCUUUCGCUUCCUCCACUUGUCCAUGUAGUGGGCUAUGAAUAUGCACUUACCUCAGUAGUAACUUAGUAGUAGCUGAGAGUGCCUAACUCAGUCUCCUAGGUAAAAGGUAAAGGACCCCUGGAUGGUUAAGUCCAGUCAAAGGCGACUAUGGGGUGUGGUGCUCAUCUUGCUUUAGGCUGAGGGAACCGGCGUUUGUCCACAGACAGCUUUCCGGGUCAUGUGGCCAGCAUGGCUAAACUGCUUCUGGUGCAACCAAACACCGUGACGGAAACCAGAGCGCACGGAAAUGCUGUUUGCCUUCCCGCUGCAGUGGUACCUAUUCAUCUACUCGCACUGGCACGCUUUCAAACUGCUAGGUUGGCAGGAGCUGGGACAGAGCAACAGGAGCUCACCCCGUUGUGGGGAUUCGAACUGCCAACCUUCCGAUCGGCAAGUCCAAGAGGCUCCGUGGUUUAGACCACAGUGCCACUCGCAUCAGUCUCUUAAUCAGGGUUUGAAUGAUGGUUACUGCCAUUAAGCAGGGCUGACAGGAGUCAGGCAGAUGUGAUGCUAAACUAUGGUUAAGAUCAUCCAGGUGUUGGGGUUGGGGCAGAACCAGCCCUCCCAUGAGGCAAGCUGAGGCAACCGCCUCAGGCAGCAGAAUCCACAGGGGCAGCAGUUCUGACUCCAAGGAACAUGCUGCCUGUCACUGUUGCCACCAGUGGUGCCUUCCUCAGAGGACAGGUCUGCUACCACCUUGGUACCCCCCCCAAUGCCACUUCCCCCUCAGCAAAUAGGAGGGACUGCUCAUCUCCUCCCACUUCUAAGGAGGAAAUAUCUGGGGCUGCCCUCUGGGGUCUCCUGGGCUCUGCACCCACCUGGCAUGAUUCAGAGAUGGCCCCUUUCCCCCCAUGAGAGCCUCUGAUUACCAGCUCAACCAUCAGGUAAGGCUGAUUUGAUUCCUUCCCUUGUUCCCAAUGUAGUUCUUCAGUCCCCAUUUGUUCCCAAUGUUGGUCUUUAUCCCCCCCCCCAUUUUUUUCUGAUGUAGAACCUCAUUCCCCCCCCCUUCUUUCCUAGUGGGGGGCACCAUUUUGUGGUUUGUCUCAGGUGCCAAGAUAUCUUGGGCAAGUGCUGGGUUGGGACUGGCUCCCAAGAAUGAAAGAGUGAUGGGAAAGGACGGCAGUUCUGUUUUUCCUUCAUGUAUUCAAGCCACGACACAGCCACAAAAUAACUAUCAUUAAAGGGGAACAUGCAUGCACACGUGGACAUACACAUCAAGGUUUUGAAGAAAGCUGAAAGGUGACAAGCAAUCAGACAGAUAUUAUCUUCUCCAUCUUUACAGUAUGCCUCCAUUCUCACCUUUGCUACAUCUUUUUUCAUUUAGGAAUGGAGUCCUGCUGCGAGAGCAAAUGCCGAACGCGUGGCAAAGAAAUGUCGUUUUGCCCACAGCCCACCAGACCAAAGAAUUGCUGGCAAGUAGAGCUGUCAGUAAGCACUGUAGAGAUGUUUUAGAGAGAUCUAUAAUAUAAUCCACAUUCAAUCAGCAUUCACUUAUUCCUUCAACAACCUUGCAGUCGUCAGUCUGAGCAUAAUUUUUAAAAAGCAUAUUUUUUUAAAAAAACACACUGGAAGAAUGCCACAAAAAGGGAAUAAUACAGAGGAAUGUUCGAGUUCUUUCUAACAUCCAAACUCAGAAAUCAGCAUACCUUUGCCUCUAUACAUGCUGCAUCCACCUUAGAUGCAUCCAAUUUUUAAAGCACCACACAGCAGUUCAUACACGUUCAUUCCGGAUCCUGGAAGUAUGUAGUUAAUCACUAAAAUAAUAAAUCUUUCGCAGUCACUAACAAUUCAGAAAUGGUAACAUUUUAAAACAAGACCUUUCAGCUUCCACUUUCUUCCACUGAAGGUAUUACUUUGGAAUUCAUCAAAGGAUGCCAGCUAUUGAGCAAUUUAUACAGCACAGCUGAGAUUAGCCUUUUUGGGCUGCAUAAUAGAUAUGUUUAAUGUCUUAUACGCUGACAGGUUCUAAAUUCAGAAUAUUUUAAUUUGCUCUAGUGAACCUAUGGAUAGUCACCAAAGAAUCAGAACCACAUGAAAAACAUUUACUAAACAUUUACUAACAUUUACUAAAAGUAACUGACAAAUGUUUCUUUCUGGUAACACCUUUGAAUAAGUUUACUCGUUAAAAUUAAUUCUUCAUUAUUUAUUGCUUGUACCAAAAUGCAGACUCUUCUUUCUUCCUCUACCUUUCAUUGCAACUCAGUUUUCCAUAUCAAAUGUAAACUACAAAUUCUGCCCACAUCUAGGACUCAGCUAGACUGGUAAAGAAAAAGUGAUUUAUAUGCACUGUAUGUGUGAUAUAACAUUGUGCCACCAACGUAGAGUUCCAUUUUUCUCUACCUGUUACAACACUUUAAACUGAAACAUUUCUAGCUAAGAAUGUACCCUACUGAAACAAAGACUUCUGUCUCUAAAGAGGGAUUAUAAUAUUGGUUGAAAUAAAGAUAUUCUUGUAUAACAAACAUUUAAUAUAAAGACAAAUACCUGGGCAAUUAUACAUUAGUGUGCCCAGUUCAUAUUUUAUAUCCCCCCUUUCACCCCAUAGUUUAAAACUGAACAGAUGCUUCCCAGUUUAAUCAGAUAUAGAUAACUCCUAAACACUAAGCAAGAAACAUGGAACAUCAAAAGGUAUCCCAAAUAGAACUGUAUCAAAGAAUUUAUAAGAUUUAUCAUUCCCAAUUAAGCAAAGAUUCUGUGUUGGUCAAGCACUGGCUCAAAUGGGUUACAUACGGCAAAUAAAAUCUCUCCUUUUCGGGUGAACAAAUUCUGCUUGAAUAAACAAGCUUUUACCUGUUGCAGCAUGUUCCCUUGAAGCAUUGCAUGACUCCUCGUUUACAGAAUUUCCUAGGUCAGGAAUCAUGAGUUUUGUUAAUGCUUCCCGUCUCCACUUCUAGAUGGCUUUUCAUGCGGUGAAAAUAUAUAUGCAUCAUCUCACGCUACUUCAUGGAAUGACGUGAUUCAAGCUUGGUACAACGAGGUGAAAGAUUUCAAGUACGGUGUUGGAGCAGUCCGUCCAGGGGCCGUAAUUGGCCAUUACACUCAGGUAACUCAAACACCAUUUUGUAUCUUUGUCAAGCGCAUGGUUCAGCUAGUCAAUCCAUGCCUGAUAGCCCACCUGCAUCUUGGCUUGCUGCUGCCUGGGACCUCACAGAAGGAGGUGAGAAGGGGUGGUUGUGUUCCUCGUGUUUCACCCAGUACUUUUUUCAUAUUUUUCACAUAGGAAGUUCAGAUAAUGGAUUGUCUUUAUCUCUGCUGUGCCUUUCUUUCUGUGGUUUCUUCAGACCCCCAUGAUGCCAUUCACAUUCACAGCUGUAUACAUUUCUGAGCUGCAUCUCCCAGAGGAAGAAAAUUAUUGGAAUUGUUACUUGGAAAUUGUUUAUUUCUUUAGUGUCAUACCCCCUUUUCAAGGUGCUCCUAAUAAAACAACACAAAGUGAUGAAAUCUAGGGGUUGUUUUAUUUUUAAUGCUGGUGUUAAAUGUAUGUUUUUCUGGCUCAUUAUGAAAACAGAUUCUAACAUAUUUUCUUGUGUGGAUGUUUUUAUAUCUACAGGUGGUUUGGUACAGGUCUUACAGAAUUGGUUGUUAUGCUGCCCACUGCCCUCAAAACCGCUUGAAAUACCUCUACUUUUGCCACUACUGCCCUGCGUAUGUACUAUUUAAUUAUUUAUUGAGCUUGUUAGCUGUUUGUUACACAACGUCUUCAAGGGAUUUAACAACACAUUUUAAACAUAAAUAUGAAAUACAUUAGACUAUAAAAACGGAAUGGAACAACUCUCAUAACAGCCACAGGAAGUUUGCACACUAGUAAAGCAGUAACUCGGGAUGUCAAUGGUUGCUAGCCAGCUAGAAAACAAAAACAGCCAGGUCAUUCCUAUUACCUUGGGUAAUCAGGUGGCAGCAGCUGGUGUUGUGUUGUGUUGUGUUGUGUUUGCCUGAGUCAAAAUCCCAAAAUAAUUUUCUGGCAAUCUCUGGAAAACUUUAUUUUGGGAGUCCUCCUGAACAGUUGGUACCUUUAAGGUUUGGUGCACCAGUUUAGCUUUGGUUUAGGUAAAGGGACCCCUGACCGUUAAGUCCAGUCGCAGAUGACUCUGGGGUUGCGGCGAUCAUCUCGCUUUACUCGCCUAGGGAGCUGGUGUUUGUCUGCAGACAGCUUCCGGGUCAUGUGGCCAGCAUGACUAAGCCGCUUCUGGCAAAACCAGAGCAGUGCACGGAAACUCUGUUUACCUUCCCGCUGGAGGGGUACCUAUUUAUCUACUUGCACUUGACGUGCUUUCAAACUGCUAAGUUGGCAGGAGCAGGGACCAAGCAACGGGAACUCACCCCGUUGCAGGGAUUCGAACCGCCGACCUUCUGAUUGGCAAGCCCUAGGUUCUGUGGUUUAGACCACAGUGCCCCCCACGUCCCUUAGCUAUGGUUUAACCUUGCUUUAAUACUGUGAAAAGGCACAAAAGGCAGCGCCCCCACUCCUUGCAAUCCUCCUCUCUUAGUGCCCAUAGCUUCCGUCAUCCACCAAUUCACACCAGCAGCAUAUUCAGCAUUAAGUGAGCCACAGUGCCUCAGAAAAGAAUGUUCUUUUUUAUUCAUUUACAUAUUUAUUAAGUUUGCUCUAAACCAGUGUUGGGAACCUCCAACCUGGCUUCCCUGUUUGACCCACCAGGAUAUUUCAGCCAAGCCAAGCCACACCUGCCUGCCCUGCACCAGAUGUCAUAUAGGAGCAGAUGCGGGCAGACAAAGACCUGGCUCAGCUGAAAGAGAUUUUCAGGCACCUCUGUUAGGCGGACCAGUGGCAGCUGCAAAGCCCUCUUCAAGGGGCUUAACAAAGGCUGGCAUCUUUGACAAGCAACGCAGAGCCAAAUUCUUCAAAGUUCAGAACCCAGGAAGUUUUACCCAAGAGGGUAAAGGAUUCUCUUGAAAAGUGUAUGGAGAUACAGGGACCCCUUGAUCAUAUUUUGUUGCAUUGCUAGUGGGCACAUAUGGUACAGUCUGUGAAUAACGCCCGUGAGAUUCUCUUUACCGAUGAUACAGCCCCAGCCCUUUGGAAGAGGUAUCCAGCUAUUAACAUUCCUGAGAGAUUACAUAACACUGGCAGGUCCACAAGAUAAAGGGAGUUAAUAGCAGAUUGUCAACGGACAGAAUAAUCUCCACAGAACAUUAGAAUAAUCCAAAUUACAACAUGCUGUGUUCAUUAAGUUCAUUUGCAUUGGCUUGUUCUGGGUGUUGAGUUGUCACCCUUCUCUGUUUAGAAACAGGGAUGUGGUGUUGUGCAAGCAGCUUAGGUUGCACAUAGGAAAAUAAAGUAGUUGUGUUUUAUCCCUCCCAAUGUGAUGUCCUGCCCCUGUUUCCUGCUUGGCAGGGGGUUGGACUCGAUGGCCCUUGUGGUCUAUUCCAACUCUAUGAUUCUAUGAUUCUUUCUAGUAAUUCUACAGGCAAGACUUCUUCACUCUCCAGCCAAGGCAUCCCAGCCUCAUUUCCAUUCCCACUAGCACCUAGAGCACAGCAUUACUGAACUGACGCCACUAGAUUGCUCCCUCUGAAUACAAACAACCGGCUACAGCAUACCAGGACUGAGCUGCUUUGGGGUUUUUAAAAUAUAUAUAUAUAUAUAGAAAUUUCAUGAAAUAAAUAAAAAAAAACUGUGCACUUUUUUGCAUUUCUCAUUCCAGAGGGAACAUACAAGGCUUACUUAAAACCCCAUAUAAGUCUGGACCAUCUUGCGGGGACUGCCGUCAUGCUUGUGACAACAAAUUAUGCAGUACGUACAAAUAACUUCAAAUAUUAAAGCUUCUCCAUCUUUUCUUUAGAAAGGGCACUCAGUUAGAAUUCAGAACUCAUUGGGCCUGUUAACUGUCACCAAGUUAGUAUAAGGGAUAGUAGGAAAAGCUGUGCUGAUUUCUGCUUACAGGCCCUACUUCUGGAUCUGCCCCAAUGUGCACUGGGAGCAGCGCUGGUGUGAUGUGGAAGUCUUGCAUCCAGAUAUGAUACUUCUGCGCUGCAUGCACAAUACACUGCCAAAGAGACGCUCGGCCCGGACAGUUCAGCCAGGAAGAAAGCAGGAGAUGGGCAGGCAGAGAUCCACUGCUGCUUAUGAAGAUCUAUAUAGAUAUAUAGAUAUCUCUGUUCCCCCAAGAUUACAAGGUUAUUUGUAGAGUGGAAGGGAUAUCGCCAAUUAUAUUCUAAAUUUGAAUGCUAAAACCAGCAUAUUCCAAACCUAGUUACACAGAAGAAAAUCCCACUGAAUUUGAUGGAAGCCGGGGCAGCACAUCCCGUUUCACCACUAGAGGUGAAAUGAGAAGUUCUGCCUUGCCGCCACUCCCACCACCACCACCUAAUUGCUUCUGCCACUACUGCGUACCCUGCUGCAUCUGCCAAAGGCGGAGUAGCAGCGCUCCCAUCAGCACCAAAGAUCUUGCCCCAAAUGGACACAAUCUUGCCCAAAACUGGCACUGAUGGCAGUACCACUUCUCCAUUGAUGGUGGGGAGGUCAUACCACCUGCGGAAAGGCUUCUGCCUCCUGAGUCACAAUAACCUUUUAAAUUUUUAAGGUGAAUGUAGGGAUCUCUACAUAAUGUUCAUAAGAUGUGGCAAUGAAAGCCUGCCCAAUUUCACAGCAUCAUAGGAUUGCAGAGUUGGUAGGGUCAUCUAGUACAACCUCCUGCAAUGCAGGAAUCUCAACUAAAGCAGCCAGGGCAGAUGGCCACUCAACCUCUGCUUAAGAACCUCCAAGCAAGGAGAGUCCACCCCCUCCCAAGGGAGUCCAUUCCACUGUCAAACAGCUCCUCCUGUCAGAAGUUCUUCCUGAUGUUUUUCGGAAUCUCCUUUCUUGUAAUUUGACUCCAUCGGUUCAGGUUCUAUCCUCUGGAGGAGGAGGAAAUACGCUUGCCCCAUCUUACAUGUGACGGCCUUUCAGAUACUUGAAGUUAGCUGUUAUAUCACCUCUCCGUCUCCUCUUCUCCAGGUUAAACAUACCCAACUCCCUCAACCAUUCCUCAUAAGGCUUUUCUUCUGAGUUAUGGUCAGGGUUGCUAAACUGUUUAUGCAUUUAAUUAUUGCAUCCAUUAGAACAACUGUUAAAUAAUAUGUUCAGUGUUCUUUUUUCUUUUGUAUAAUCUUCAGUUUUGAUCUUAAGCUCCAGUAUAUGAACUAAAAAUGAAAGCGUCCCUAGAGUUUGAAUCUAUUGGGGAUGUUUUGCUUUUGUUAAUGUCCAGACUGAUGGUAGUGUGUUCUUCUUUUCACUUUCAGCCAACCCUUGCAAACAUACUGAUCAGUUCACUAACUGCCCUGACUUAGUGAAGUCACAAGGAUGUACGAAACCAAACAUGCUGAAAGACUGCACUGCUUCUUGCCUGUGUAAGAAUGAAAUAAAAUAG